GCGGCCCGUCCCCGCCGCUUCUCCCCUUUAACGGCCGGUAUCCAGGGACGCGGAGUCGUUGCUGUGGGGGAAGGGGUGCCGUCCCACGCAGCCGCAGAGCGGUGUUGCCGCCGCCAGUCCCGGGCGGCGCCAUGGUGAGGCUGCACGUGAAGCGCGGCGACCAGAGCCAGUUCCUGCUGGAGGCCGCCGGCAGCGACCGCCUCGCCGACUUGGCGCCGCUCGUCGCCCGCAUCUACAAUGGCAGGUUGAAGGUGCAGCGCCUCUGCUCAGACAUGGAGGAGCUGGCAGAGCAUGGGAUUUUCUUGCCUCCCAAUAUGCAAGGGCUGACAGAUGAACAAAUUGAAGAACUGAAAUUAAAGGAUGAAUGGGCAGAAAAAUGCAUGCCAAGUGGUGGAAGUGUCUUUAAAAAGGAUGAAAUGGGACGGAGGAAUGGACAUGCUCCAAAUGAAAAAAUGCAGCAAGUUAUAAGAAAGACAAUAGAGGAAGCUAAGGCAUUAAUCUCUAAGAAACAAGUUCAGGCCAAUGUGUGUGUUAAUAUGGAGAUGGUGAAAGAUGCAUUGGACCAGCUCCGAGGGGCUGUGAUGAUUGUGUAUCCAAUGGGAUUGCCUCCAUAUGAUCCAGUUAGGAUGGAGUUUGAAGAUAAAGAAGACUUGUCAGGAACUCAUGCUGGACUUGACAUUAUAAAAGAAUCAGAAGUGCAAUUAUGGUGGGCAGCCAAGGAAUUGAAAGAAACAAAAUUGCUCUCUGACUAUGUAGGCAAAAAUGAGAAAACAACUAUCAUUGUCAAGAUACAGGAAAAGGGGCAAGGAGCUCCAGGACGUGAGCCUGUAAUCAGUCACGAAGAGCAAAAACAGAUGAUGCUGUAUUACUACAAAAAGCAGGAGGAACUUAAGAAACUAGAAGAGGAUGAUGACGACUCGUUUCUAGAUGCUGAGUGGGCAGAUAACCAUGCUUUGAAAAGACAGUUUCAUGGUGUGAAAGACAUCAAAUGGGGGCCAAGAUGAAGCUCUGGAAACACCUUUUUGUGUCCUUAAGCUGUUUGAUUGAUACACUUGUUUGCAAAGAGGAGUUGUGUUAGUGUGCAGUAGAUUCUUCUGACAAAAGCUGAAAUUGUUAUUUCCCUAGCGGACAUCUGUUUCAGCCUGUUUUCCAAUAAGUGUUUACAUUUCUAUGUAACUGUAGCAGCACUAGUCUCUGCAAAAAAAGAAAUCAACCGUGUUAUAGAGUUCAUUAUUUUUAUUAGAAACUUGUAAUUUUAAUAUUGAAAUAUUAAACUAUUUCCUAACUAAUAUAUCUAAUAAAUAUGCACUAGAAUGUUGAA